UAUUGUAGCGCUUCGGUUGUAUCGCUAUCUAGAGCUUAUGUGCGAAAUGUUUUGCGGUAAAGUCGACGCAAAGUUGAAGUUGCAGCAGUUGGCAGUAAAGUGCAAAGAAAGGUGUCUGGAUCCGAAAGCAUUCAGUUGUGUAGAGAAAGUUUUGUGUGAAACUGAAAGUGAAAAUGCGAGUAAACGAUGGAAAUUCUUAAAUUUUUGCUUGAUUUUUAUUCUCUCGGCUUAUGGAUACAAUUAUUUCUGCAAGGAAAUGUCUUCAAAGCGCUGUCUACUAGAGUUGCCAAGAGCACUUCGAUAUGCUUUUCGACCUUCUGAAGACUGCAGCUUUUGUGAUAAAAUAGAAAAUGCAAUACGUUUACGUGGCAUAACAAGUGAGGAAUUCGCAUCGAGAUAUGCCUAUGGAGGAGGGCCAGUCAUAGUGGAGGAUGCCACAAAAAAUUGGACAGCACUAACUAAAUUCAAUUACUGGUACUUCCGUGACAUUUAUGUCAAUGCAAAACGCAAACAAAAAAUACUCGAUUGCCAGUUUCUGCCCUACCAGACAGGUUUCAAGAAUCUUUACAAAGCCUUGGAUAUGCCUAAAGAACGCGUGGAGCUACAGCCUGGCUAUCAGCCGUGGUAUUUUGGCUGGAGUAAUUGUAAUCCCGAGACAGCUGAAGAAUUUCGUAAGCAUUAUGGGCGUCCCUACUUUCUUCCACCCACAUCCGAAAACAACGCAGUAGAUUGGUUCUUCAUCGGCACAGCUGGACUGGGUGCACACAUGCAUAUCGACAAUGUGCGUCUACCAUCGUGGCAAGCACAGCUGUCGGGCAGUAAACGAUGGCUACUCGCACCUCCACCGGAAUGCUACUUCAAAUGUAAACGCUUCGACACCAUCGUUCGAAAGGGGGACAUAAUUGUUUUAGAUACCAAUAAGUGGUACCACCAGACGUUCGUGCAACCGGGGGAAAUCAGUCUUACCAUUGGAGCUGAGUAUGACUAAUUAAUGUCGAAUGUUCCAUGUAAACAUUUUCGAGAAUCAUGAGCUUGAUUUUAAAUAAAAUUUAUUUCUAAUAUUA